AUGUGUGAAGGGAACCAAACAACAGUCUUUGUAUUUGUGCUUCUUGGGUUUCCAAUAUUUAAUAAUCUAAGAUUUUAUUUUUUUACUUUUUUCCUUUUUAUUUAUAUCUUCAUAUUAACUGAAAAUCUAACAAUUGUCACACUGCUCUCCACUAAUUGCCGUCUUUAUGCCCCAAUGUUUUUUUUCCUUAAACAGUUGGCCUUGUGUGACCUCUUUCUUACAACGAAUACUGUGCCCAAGUUGUUAGAAGUCAUAUGGCUGGAGGGAAGCUCCAUAUCAUUUUCUGGUUGCAUUGCCCAGUUUUAUUUGCAUAGUGUUGCAGGAAUUGUAGAAUGUUUCAUCCUUACGGUAAUGUCAUAUGACAGAUAUCUAGCAAUAUGUAAUCCAUUUCAUUAUGUCUGUAUAAUGAACUACAGUCAUUGUCUGAACCUGGCUGUCUGGUCAUGGCUGCUUGGCUUCCUUGUCAUGGUCCUGGAGAUGCUCCUCAUAUGGAAUUUACAGUUUUGUGGCUCCAAUGUCAUUGACCAUUUCUUCUGUGAUUUUGCUCCUCUACUUGAAUUGUCUUCUUCUGAUAUCUCAACAGUUGUAUUGGAAGACUUUGUAUUCUCAAUGCCUGUCAUUGUUUGCCCUUUUAUGUUUAUCCUUGGAACGUACAUUUUUAUCCUCAUUGCCAUUCUUAAAAUUACUUCCAAAGAUGGGAGAAAGAAAGCCUUCUCCACCUGCAGCUCCCAUCUGGCUAUUGUGUGCACCUAUUAUGGGACUCUUAUUGCUGUGUAUGUUGUUCCUUCUGAGGGACUCAAUAUAAACAAAUUCCGAUCUCUUUUGUAUAUUAUGCUGACUCCAUUGUUCAACCCCCUCAUUUAUAGCCUAAGAAAUGUUGAGAUUAAGGGAGCUCUACAGAAACUGGUGAAUCCAAGGAAAAAGAUAAGAUCUACAUAA